CAAGAGCCGUGUGUUGUUGUUUAGCAGCUACCGCUUACCUGUAAUUUUGAUUGUAGGCUAAUUUAGCGCUCUUGAACCGUCAAACAUAAAUACAGUGGAUUUGUUUGUUUGCUGGUAAAUGGACGGUGUGCCUUGUCUUCGUGUGUCGCAGUGUCACGCACAGCAGUUCAGGAAGUAUCUACAGUCUAAAGGAGCUCUGGACCUGAAUUUAUGUUUACUGAAGGACUCAGAUGGGACUGUCCUGUUGCCCAUUUUACCUUCCUGUCUGCCAGAACUUGAUCUGCAAUCUCUCAAAUCCAUGGUGGCGUCAGACAGUGCUUGUGAAAUAGUUUGGAGUCAGUGUCCUCUGCAGUCAAAGAAGAAGGAUGGACGGAUGAGUGGUAAUAAACUAGAGAAAAUCCUCCAGGAGCUGUGUGAAUCUCAUGGUGAAACAUGGACAGAGGACGUGAGGGGGGACCUCCCUCGCAGCUUCCAGAGGCAUGGAGACCUAGUCCUGCUGGGAGACAACUGCUUCUCCCUGCCACUGUGGAAGAAAAUGGAUGAAGAGCUAUGGAGUGCAGUGGCUGACGGUCUGGAGGCAAAGCGGCUGGCAAAGAUGAGUCGAAUAUCCAGGGAUGGAUUUAGGUCUCCCGUGGUGACAAUGUUGUUAGGAGAGCACAGCUGGGUCGAACAUGUAGACAAUAGGAUUAGGUAUGAGUUUGACGUCACUAAAUGCAUGUUCUCAGCUGGAAACAUCACAGAGAAGCUGCGGGUGGCUGGAUUUGACUGCAGAGGGGAGACUGUGGUGGAUCUGUACGCAGGUAUUGGAUACUUCACUCUGCCGUAUCUGGUCCACGCGGGGGCCAGCCACGUUCACGCCUGUGAGUGGAACCCUGCUGCAGUUGAAGCUCUACAGAAAAACCUCAUGGCAAACGGGGUGUCUCACCGCUGCACUGUUCACCAAGGAGACAACCGACAACUCCAGCUGUGUGACAUUGCCGAUAGAGUGAACCUGGGUCUCAUACCAAGCUCUGAGGACGGCUGGCCUGUCGCCUGUCGACUGCUGAAGAGAACAACGGGAGGCAUUCUGCACAUUCACCAGAACGUUACCUCAGCGUUACCGAGCACGGCAGCCAUUCCAGUAAUCAAUGAUGCCACCUCCGUGGCUUCUGGGAAGACAGCUGACAGAGAGGCGUGGCAGGCCUGGGCCGAUGACACAGCAAACCACAUCGCCUCUCUUUUAAAGGACAUCACUGACGCACAGUGGAUAACAAAUAUCCAGCAUAUUGAACAUGUGAAGUCUUACGCUCCUCAUGUUCAUCAUAUUGUGCUGGACUUGGAGUGCAGACCGUCAUGAGCUGAGGAGAUAAACACAGAUACUGAGUGAACACUGUGACAUUCAACAUUUAAUGUGCCACAGUCUAGAGAAGAAAUAGACGAGCGUACGGUCCAGAAGUUUCCACUGCAGCCAGCUGGUCACUGAUUAUUUCAUCUGUAAGGUAGUGACAUCAGCAGCUGCUGUGUUUCUAUAAACAUUUGUUUAUCCAGGGCAGGUUCACCAACCACUAAUACUGUGUUUAUUUUACAGAAACACCCUGCCUCACACUCAUGCAAAUAUAAUCCCAUCUGUAAGCACACAAGCUUUGCCACAGUCACAACCUUACCUGUUGGCUGCUGGAUAACAGUAGUGGGUUAAGGUGCCUUGCUCAACGGCACCUUGUUGUUGUGUUAUACUCACUUAAUUUCCCUGCUGUGUUUGAUCACCAGAUCUCUUGUGGCUGGCUGAAAUGAAAAGCUGUAGACGUAGACGUGACUCACGUCACAUCAGUGUGCUGGUAAUUACAGGAACACCCAAACAUAUAAAACUCCAAUAUUAUGACUUGUACUGCCACAGGGUUCAUUAUGUGCAGUGAAUUACAGGUCAACCUCUACAAGAUUGUUUUAUGUUACUGCUCUGCCAUGCCAGUAUAUGUUUGGAACUUCAGGAGGAAACAGCUCAUUUUUGCAAAAACAUUUAUAAAUACUACAUGACAAUUUCACAUCUGAGCGACAGAAAGGUGUGAAAAUAAAGAAAAGGCUGAAUAAAUAGGUGGAGAAACAGAAUUCAGACAUUGAUUACUGGGCAGGCCUACUGGGCACAUGCCCAGAGGUCCAAGAAGUCAGAGCCCCUGGGCAAGAGCCUCCGUUUGAAUUGACAGGUAAUAUUUCAUGUUGGAACGUCAGUCAAACAGCCCCAAAGAGACACAAAGCACCUGCAAAAUGAGGACAAAGAAGGGUUUUAACACCUUUUCAUGGAUGAAAUUUCAAAACUUUUCCAUGACUUUUCAAGGACCCAUCAUUUUUUUUCAAACAUAUCAGACAUUCAAACUCUAAUCAAACAUAAUUUUAGCUACAGGGCAUACAAAAAUGUAAAGACAGAACACCGAGAAACGUCCUCACCCAUCGACACAUACUAAAGCUACGUUACCUGACAGCUACAGAAAAUAAUUUGCUGUUAUGUUACAUCAUGUUGAAGGUUAUCCACAGGAGAUUACUCUAACAAUUUCAUUAUGCACAAUGAUGUUUCCAAAACUUUUAAUGAUUUUUACUAAUUCCAGGCAUGGAAAAUGUAAUUGUGAAAUACCAUGACUUUUCCGGGUUUUCCAUGACCAAGGGAACCCUGACAGAGGAUGAAAAACAACUGCAAAUGGUUACAGAGACAUGCAAAAUUGCCAUUAAGAUGCAAAACAACUGCAAAACCAUGUCAAAGAAAUCCAAAAUGACAGCAAAAAGAUGCAAAAUGUUCACAGACAUGCAAAACAAAGCAAUGAAAAACAACCAAAAGGAGACAUACAACGCUCACGUAGAAAUGAAGCCACGAUGAGAUGCAAAAUGGCCACACUUGGUUCUUUUCAGCCCUCUAAGUGGACUCAGAGCGGUGACUCAGCAUUUUUUGCACAUAUGUGAACACUCCAAGAAAACUCAGAUGCCUCUGAAGUGAACCGCACUCAGACCUCUGUGCCUUGUGAGCGCAAAGCGCUCCAGGUUCACUUUGCUUUUGCCACAGUAUUUAACCCUCUAGAUCACAUGCUGUUGCACUGGGAUGCUUGAAAAAACAGAUGAAACCACGUCAGCCUGAAACACUUGUAAGGACGCAGGAUGAGGAGUAGUUUGGUCCAUGGAAGAUACUGCACAUCUCCAGAUGUGGAAUACAGAACACAUCAAACAGCAACAGUCUACAGCACAGAAACACUAAGGUCUUCCUCCAAUUUUAAGUUCAUCUGAAAGGAAGGGGUUUCAUAACCAUGCUGCAGGGCCACGUCAAAGUAAAAACGAAACUAUGUCAGUAUAUAUUAAAGAUGAUAGUGUGAACAGAAAGAGGACUGAGGCCCCAUCAGAGCUGAAGUUGACCAGAAAGAGAACUGAGUCCUCUUUCAAAUGAACCGACAAUGUGAACACAAAAAGAACUGAGUCCCUUUUCUGUCACUCCACAAUUUUGUGAACUUUAAGAGGACUGAGUUUGGUUGAGGGUGUUGCUGUAAUGAUGGAGAGGUGGGGGCAUUUUACAUGUCUGUGUCCAGGCGCCCAUUGUUUCAAAAUCUGUCCAUGAAUACAGAUGUGUCCAUACAGGGGGGGCACGAGCAUAGAAAUGAUGUGAAUCAUAUGAUAUGCCUUUAAAGUCAGCAGGUCUGACCCUGAUGAACAGCUACAGGAGAUUUUUGGCCCAAAUAAGGGAAUGUCUUCUGCUUCUGGAUGGGUGGUGUUCAUCCUUCCAGUAGAAAUCACUGACACUGCUCGUGAUGAAUCAACAUGUUAAUAAGACAGUUCAUGUUGUUCUUCACCUAUCUGUAUCUGCUGCUGCAGGAGGUGAAAGCCUCUGCCUGCCAGUAGAGCCAUAUUAAACAGUUGGAUUUUAUCACUGAGUGAUAGCCCAUAUGAGAUUCCUCUUAUGUGUAGUAUUAAUCAUAUGAAAUACAAAGUCAGCAGAAAUAUGCAGGGUCACCUCUGUCAAUUCUCAGUCAAGCUUGAUGCCUCAGUCUAUAAAUUCAUGGAGGCACCUGGUUGAGCACAUUUAAUACAUUAUAAGAGCCGUUAUCUAUGAUCAACCUGAUAAUUAUCAUCAGCUGAUCAGGUGUUUCAGCCAUAAACAUUAAUAGAUUUAAAGCAACACAGACUUAAAUAAGAUAUUUACAUCGUUGACAAGAGACCACAUGACAAAGGUUAUCAAUAUAUCAUUUUGGGGAGAGAAGGUAUCUCAUACUGACCUCUUAGAUACCAGAGAUCUGUAGCAAGUCUGGAUGAGACUGAGACGAGACACACCAGGUGAAGACAGUUUUCAUGCACUGGUCAAUAUUAAGAUUAGGAUUUAGACUAUUGGACCAUUGGAAAGAAAAUGUCCAAAAUACAGAGUCAGGUAUAUAUUUUAGUUUGGAUAAAGCACAUAUUUAAUUAGAAAAUCCCUCAUUUGCAAAUACAAUCACAAAACUUCAGAAAAUUUGUAAUACAAAAAAUAAUUGUCUUAAUGAAGUAAAUCAACUGGGCACGUAUCAUGGUGAUAUUUAUGGGGUACAUUUUGUUUCUUAUUUUUUGCCUAAAAGAAGUAUGGAAUAUAACAAUACAUAUCUUUAAAGGUCAUUUUCUCGAAAUGAGUUUUUUCUGUCAUACUCUGAGCCAAAAAUCUCAUCUCCAGCAGCACUUACGUACAUCAACCUGACAGUUCCACUCCUAUGUAUAUUCUGAAGGUUUUGUAAAAGGGGGGUUAUUCAUACAUCAUUCAUAGCCUGAUUUAUUUAACAUUUUAUUCCUAAAAACAGCAAUAAUUAUUAUUUUUAAAAUUUAAUAUAUUUAUUUAAAAGCCUUUGACCCUAAUAUGACAACAACUUGUAACAAUAAUUUUGAAUAUUUUUUUAUUAUCAUCAAUAUUUUAUUGAACUCUUUUUGCUUUUCUCUAACAUAAACAGUGUCACUGAGUGUUAUUAAAUCAAAUAUAUGUACACACACAAGAGGGGGAAAAACAGUAACUAAAAAGAUUAAUAAUGUGAAAAUGCAUAAAUAACAAUACAUAAGUAAUUCUUAAAAUUAAAAAAAAAAAAACUAUAUUCCUACAUAAAUAUAUGUACCACAAUCUCAGAU